UGGUCUUAAUUUUCUAAUAACCUCCAGGAUCUCUUUGCAGGAAAUGUUUUGAUUAUUUUGUUUGUUUAUAUUUUCUUCGAGUCUGGUUUGAUACUGUUAGAGAUGUCCUGCUCUUACGCAGAAGGGCUCUCGCCCUACGAGAACAAAGGGAAGCUCGGCCUCAAAGAAAUAUUUGACACUGAAGAUGUAGUUGCUGAAAAAGUGAAGGAGCUGGCAAGUUGGAUUGAAAAUGCUAAACAUGUCGUCGUCCAUACAGGGGCGGGAAUCAGCACAUCAGCAGGCAUACCGGAUUUUAGAGGUCCAAAUGGUGUCUGGACACUGGAGGAAAAAGGAGAAAAGCCCACAUUAAAUAUUUCUUUUGACGAUGCUGUACCAACAAAGACUCACAUGGCAUUACUCAAACUUUUUCAAGAAGGUAAAAUACAUUAUAUAAUCAGCCAAAAUAUAGAUGGUCUACAUUUAAAAUCUGGACUUAGUAGAAAAUAUUUAGCUGAACUUCAUGGUAACAUGUUUGUCGAAGAGUGUGGUACAUGCAAGAGACAAUUUGUUCUUAAAUCUGCUACAACAUCAGUCGGUAAGAAAAAUUUAAAUCGACCCUGUUUGUCCACAAAGGUCAACGGGAGGCGAUGUAGAGGGAAAACGUAUGACACCAUUCUUGAUUGGGAGCACAACCUCCCAGAAAAAGAUUUGGAAAUGGCAGAUUACCAUUCUUGUGUUGCAGAUUUGUCUAUUUGUCUUGGGACAACUCUUCAGAUUGUACCUAGUGGGAAUUUGCCAUUAAGUUGUAAAAAGCAAAAUGGGAAAUUAGUCAUUUGUAAUUUACAACCUACAAAACAUGACAAGAAAGCAGAUAUGAUAAUUCAUACGUAUGUAGAUCAAAUAAUGGAGAAGCUUCUCGAUCAUUUUGGUUUAGAAAUUCCCGAAUAUAAAUUGAGUCAAGACCCGACAAAAUCAGAGGAUGUCAUCGAAUGGACUGUACCAACGGAUGAGUUAGCAAAAAUGAAGAAAAUCUAUAAAGAAAAGUUUCCCUCCAUCAAGAGGAAAAAUGAAAACGGGGAAUCCUCAAAAAAGCGGCGGAGAUCUAUUAAUGCCAAGAAAGAGGAAGUUGACCAUAUUGAAACGGAGUCAAAAUAUGAUAAAAAUUUACAUGGCCUAGAAGAAGAACAAGACUGUAAAAUAAAAACUGAGCCUAAAAUUGAAAGUGAAGUAAAAGAAGAGAAUGAAGAGUCACUCACUGAUGAAAAAAUAGUACAAAACAGUAGGCAAGAUGUUGAAUUAGGCAUAAAAUUAGAAAAUGAUUGUGAACCAAAGGUACAAAAUGUGUCAGAUAUUUUCACCCGACCUUCAGUAAGUGUCAAUUGAAAACAUUUUAACUUACAUUUUAAUAUAAUUUAUUUGUUUAAUUAAAAAAAACCCAUUAAUUUCAGUUAAAAAAUCACACAUUUUAGUUUGUACAUAUGAUUCUUUUAAUAAAAAAAUAAUUAAUUAAUUAAAAAACAACUUUACUAUUUUGAAAGUUGUGAAAUUUUUCUGUCCUGUGAGGUGAUGAAACUGUAAUUUGGUUUGUUCGGUCAGACAUUUUCAGCAUUUCGCCAUCUUCAGUGUUCUAUCAUAACACUGUGAAAUGCCAAAAUGUGUCUUGACAGAUCAACCCAGUGAGGAUAAGCAGAACAAAAUGAUCAGUAAAGAUAAAAUUACACUUUCUGUAAUAGUUAUUAAAAGAAUUAGUCAUAUUGCAGUAAUCUUUACCCAGAAAUGUUCUAAGUUUUGAGACACCAUUAAUAUAAAGAGUGAGAUUUCAUGUAAUGUAGUUUUAUGUGCCCAUACACAAAACAUCACUGGAAAAACUUAUUUGCUUUGCAUCAGGUGAACAUAUUUAGCCAUAAAAUAUAUCAAAUUUUAACCAAACCCAUGUAUUAAAAGUAAUGUGUUUAUUACAGUAUAAAUAGUUUAAUAGUGUAAAUGAUGUAAAUGCCAUUCAGAAUAAUAGACUUUUCAAAAUAGUUGUCCAACACAACUAAUAUAAAAAUAAAUAAAUAAAAGAAA